AUGGCAGUCCAGUUCCGCUCCGGGAAGACCUGCAUGACUCCGACCGUCGCCCAGGAGGUUCACCGCGCUCAGCAGCGCACUAAAAAAUUAGCGGCCAAGGGCACCCAUGACUCCGCCAUAAUUGUAGAGACUGCCCACUUCUACACGGCGCACAUUCAGGCGCUUCAACAUCAGCAGAGCGACCUCGCGUCGGAGUUGCAAGCUGCGGAGGACGCCUACGCGGAUCCGAGCAAGAACUACGAGCAGCUGAAUACGAUGUACGACGAGCUACGCGAAAUGUACGACGAACUCAAGCUUCAUGCCGACCGUCUCGAGCAAGAAGUUGCGGCGGCAUUUGAGGGCUAUUUUUGUAAUUAG